AUGCCCGUGAGUCGAAGGUUCCAUUCAUCUUCUCUCCCUCGGAACCUUUUGCCCAAUCCAGCAUCGUCACCAUCCGUCCCUCCGUCCGUCCCUCCGUCCGUCCCUCCGUCCGUCCGUCCCUCCGUCCGUCCCUCCGUCCGUCCGUUCCUCCGUCCGUCCGUCCCUCCCUCCGUCCCUCCCUCCGUCCCUCCCUCCGUCCCUCCCUCCGUCCCUCCCUCCGUCCCUCCCUCCGUCUGUCCCUCCGUCCGUCCCUCCGUCCGUCCCUCCGCCCCUCCGUCCGUCCAUCCGUUCCUCAAUAACAAAUCUGCUCGUGACGUUGAUAAAGCUAAUCUUGCGCUGCGUGCGUUCGUCCGUUACCCAAAGCUCUUGGCUUCAUUGGAGCUAAACUCCCCUUCUGCGCGCUCAUGUUCCCCUCACACACAGCAGCCGCCUCUUCCCCCCGUGCACCUCCUCCCCUCACUGCAGUCCCUCUCUCUCCUCUACGUUCCCUCAGACUACCUCUCCAUUCCCCGCUGCUCCUCCCUCACCUCCCUCACCCUCUGGGGCCCUGAAUCCUCCUCCCUCACCUCCCUCACCCUCUGGGGCCCUGAAUCCUCCUCCCUCUCCUCCCUAGCCUUCUCCCCCUCCUCCUGUGCUUCCUCCUCCUCCGUUGCUUCCUCCCCCAUCCUCUCUCCACACGUCUCUCACGGAUUCCGCUCCCUGCUCGCUCGCUGCUCCUCCCAGCUCCACUCCCUCCGCCUCGCCGGCCUCCCAUCUCUCCGCCCGGGCUUGCUUGCAGACUGCAGUGCCCUGCGCUCACUGAGUGUGGUCGGGGCUGUCGAUUGUCUUAAAAUGCGAUUGCCGAGGGGAGUGUCUCUGGACGGCCUUGUGAGUAUGCUGGUGCGGGUGGAGCAAGUGGGGUGUGCGGGAAGGCGGGCAAGAGGGGAGGCUGGAGGAGGGGGUGGAGAAGAAGGAUGUGUGGAGGGAAAUACAGGUGUUUUUGCAGCCGCAGCAGCAGCUGCUGCAGGAAUAGCGCGGGUAGCAAUGACAGCAGGAACGGGUAGCGGGAGCAACAACUAUUGCUGGAGAUACGUAGAUUUUUGCACAGAAGCAGCAGCGGCUGAUGCAGACAAGCUUGCGGCAGCGAACGGCUUAAUCUUCCUUUUCAAAGCAGCCAACGAAGCUACAAAGGCCGCCUGUCCUGCAGCCCUCUCGGCGGCGGCGCGUGUAGAGGGAGAGAGCUUCGAGUCUCACAUCGCUGUCAUCUUCGGGAAGAUCAGGUUCGGGAUUUUGGCGUGCCGGUCAUUUCGCAGGGCGGUUCGUGAGUCCAAUGCGGCUGUUGAGUGGGAGGAGAAGCUGAUGAGGGCGUUCGUUGCUGCUUCUGCUGAUCCUGCUGCUGCUGCUGCUGCUGCUUCUUCUGCUGCUUCUGCUGCUGCUUCUGCUGGGUCCAAGACAGCUGCUGCCAGUGAAUCCAGAAGAACAACCACUGCUGGGCAGGCCACAGGGUUCUUUUCUACAGAGCUAAGUUCUGGAGAAGAGGACAUGGAUGGGGAGGAGGACGGGGAUAGUAUUAGGGGCAUGGAUGUCAUUCUGUUUAAUGAUUUCUCGCCUGAGAGUGUGCUGGGUCGAGUGCGGUCCGGUGCGGUGGAGGCACGUGAAGAUGUAGUGCGCAUGCUGCGGGCACUGGCGGGCGAGCUGCGGCAACAAGGUUUAGCCGUGCAUGAUAUCUCUCGUUCCUUGCACCAACCCGGCACUACUCUGAGAGCCACCCUCUUGCGACUAAUGACAGCACCCGACGGAUCCGCCGCUUCCGGCGCUGACGCUGCUCCCGACGACGCGGGAAUUAAGAUGGUUCUUCCCAACAUUAGUUUCUCUAUGGGCCAACCUACCAUCGGCGCAACUGGCGCACCGGCUGGCGGAGGCCCCCCCAGCGGGCCUCCCCCCCAUGGCGGACCAACCCCCGCGCUUCCCCCCUAUCCCCCACCGUCCAAUGAGGGUUACCCCUCCGGCGGAGGGUACCCGCCGGAUUCUGGGCCGCGUUCUACGGGGCUCGGCGCGCUUGGUGUCGGCGGGGACGGGGGAGACAUGCGCGGGGAUACGCGCGGGGAGCACGGAGAACACAGGCAGAAGCGCUCCGCGGGGGAGAUGUACGGCGGGGAACCGGGCGACUCCGCGCGGGGUGGGGAGCGGGGGGAGCGCGGGGAGCGCGGAGGUGGUCCAGGCGGAGAGAGGGGCGGGGGGAGCGGGGAGCAGAAGCGUUGGCCGGGAUGGCCAGGGGAUAACGUGUUCCGCUUCGUGGUGCCGAUGGGGAAGGUGGGGAGCAUCAUAGGGCGGCGCGGCGAGUAUGUGAAGAAGAUCUGUGACGAGACCAAGGCGCGCGUUAAGAUCGUGGAGGGCGCUCCGGGCCAUGACGACCGCGUGGUGCUGGUGUCAGGCAGGGAGGACCCAGACUCAGAGCUUCCCCCAGCCGUGGUGGCGAUGAUGCGUGUGCACCGUCGGAUCGUGGAGGGCGUAUCAGAGGACGAGAUCGAGGCGUCUCAGCCGGGGGAGGGGUUCCGUGGGCAGGUGGCCACGCGGUUACUGGUGCCGGCUACCCAAGCAGGGAGUUUGAUUGGGCGCCAGGGGCAGACGAUCAAGGCGCUGCAGGACAGCACAGGGGCGCACAUCCGGAUUCUCUCUCUCGGUAUGCUGGCUGAAGUUUGCGUUUCUGGUAGGUGCGUGUUGGAGGACGAGAUCGAGGCGUCUCAGCCGGGGGAGGGGUUCCGUGGGCAGGUGGCCAUUCGCCUGCUGGUGCCAGCCACACAGGCUGGGAGUUUGAUCGGGCGCCAGGGGCAGACGAUUAAAGCACUGCAGGACAGCACAGGGGCGCACAUCCGGAUCCUCUCUCUCGAGGACGUGCCGCCAUGCGCACUGGAGGACGACAGGGUGGUGGAGGUGACGGGGGAGUAUGCGUGUGUGCACGAGGCAGUGAAGGGCGUCACUCUGCAUCUCAGGCGCUUCCUCUGUGACCACUCCGUGCUGCCGCUCUUUGAGCAAUGCCGCUCCUUCCCUCCCCCCAUGGACCCCAGGGGUGCGCCCUACUCUUCCCCCUCUAGCCGCGGAGGGGGGUGGGGGAACCCGCCCCCAGGGGGAAUGCACUCUCCCCCCCAUCGCUCGCGCUUCGACCUCCCCCCCUCUGCUGCGCCUGACCCAUAUGGCUCCCUCUCUUCCCUGGGAAGCAUGGGGGGUGCUGACAGGUACGGCUCAGCCAUGGGAGGCCUGGGAGCAGGUGAGCGUAUGGUCACUCAAUCCCCCACGUCAGGUGAGCGUAUGGUCACUCAAUCCCCCACGUCAGGUGAGCGUAUGGUCACUCAAUCCCCCACGUCAGGUGAGCGUAUGGUCACUCAAUCCCCCACGUCAGGUGAGCGUAUGGGCACUCAAUCCCCCACGUCAGGUGAGCGUAUGGUCACUCAAUCCCCCACGUCAGGUGAGCGUAUGGUCACUCAAUCCCCCACGUCAGGUGAGCGUAUGGUCACUCAAUCCCCCACGUCAGGUGAGCGUAUGGUCACUCAAUCCCCCACGUCAGGUGAGCGUAUGGUCACUCAAUCCCCCACGUCAGGUGAGCGUAUGGUCACUCAAUCCCCCACGUCAGGUGAGCGUAUGGUCACUCAAUCCCCCACGUCAGGUGAGCGUAUGGUGAGUGCCACCAUGCAGAUCCCUCUCUCCUACGUCGACGCUAUCAUCGGCCCCAACAGCACCAACAUUGCCUUCCUGCGCCGCACCACCGGUGAUGUCAGCGCCACCAUGCAGAUCCCUCUGUCUUACGUCGACGCCAUCAUCGGUCCCAAUGGCACCAACGAGGUCAGCGCAACCAUGCAGAUCCCUCUGUCAUAUGUGGAUGCCAUCAUCGGCCCCAACGGCACCAACAUCGUCUUCCUGCGCCGCACCAGUGGGGCCGCAGUGACCAUUCAGGAGAGCCGGGGGGCGGGCGGGCAGCCGGAGAUGACAGUGGAGGUGCGGGGCAGUGCGACGCAGGUGCAGACGGCACAGCAGUUGAUAGAGCCGGAGAUGACAGUGGAGGUGCGGGGGAGUGCCACGCAGGUGAAGAUGGCACAGCAGCUCAUAGAGGUGGAUAUGACGGUGGAGGUGCGGGGCAGUGCCACCCAGGUGCAGACGGCACAGCAGCUCAUCGAGGCUAUGCCGAACCUGCGCCCGCACCUGCACCGCCAGCUUCGGCAUACGGGUCUGCUGCAGCACCAGCUCCAGCAUAUGGCUCGGCACCGACAGACCUGUCAGGCUAUGGCUCGUCUCUCUAUCCUCCCAGCUCUGCUGGGGGUGGUGCUGGGGCUGGGGGGGCAUAUGGGUCAACAGGAGGGUAUGGGUACUGACUGA